UUGUCAUCAAUCAAGAGCGGUAUGUAUAGUGAGGAUUCUACUGGUUACAACACCGACCUUCUCACACUCAAUAGUUCAGUGGACGGCAACACGUCAUCCGACACCCUGCUAUUCCAGCCGGUCAGACUUCCAACCGCUCACACAUCACCUACGUGUGGUAUUCACGGAACAUGGGCACCGCUUGCGAAAGGAAAAGGAGAGCAAGUCUUUCAUCUCACAAAAAGUCCCCGUGCCCACCCGAACGCAACAGACGAUGGUUACGCUUCCAAUGGAUAUUUCAGUUCUUUAGACAGGGACUCCUCAACAACGCCAGACCAGUUCCGAGUAAUAACCUUACAGAACACGGUCCAUGACAAUACGACAGAACCGUUUGUAUACAGGGAGGUCAGUAAUUCCAAAUAUACUACGCCUGGGAGUCAGUGUAUACUCAAAGAACGACAAUGAAAAGGAAAACAUUCAUUUUAGUCAAUAAUGAAUGCACUGGUUGUUAAAUAAUGUGUUUUUAUUUAGUAAAAGUAAUCGAAUUGUAUCAAUCUGCAAAUCUAGGUCACUUCACAAAGAAAUCUUCGAAGACAGGGUUUGUUGUUACACAAUAAUUCAGGUCG